AUGGCUACCCCUAGUGUUCUAGUCUUUGACGCUGAGGGUCGGGCCAUUGACUUUGAGGUCUGGGUGGAUGACCUGCAGCUGUUCUUACAGUGCGAUAGGGCAGAUGGUCUCUCUCUCUUUGACCUCACCUCUGGCGCCUCCACUGCCCCUGCUGCUGACGCCGACACCACUGUUCGCUCCCAGUGGGCCACGCGCGACGCUGCUGCACGUCUUGCUGUGCGUCGCCACCUCCCUACCUCCGAGCGUGCACACUUUAGUCAGUACAAGAGUGCUCAGACCUUGUACGACGCUGUAGUUGCGCGCUACUCCUCCCCUGCCACUGCUGCACUGAGCCGUCUCAUGCUACCGUACCUCUUUCCUGACCUUGCUGCCUUUCCCACAGUCGCUGACCUCAUUACGCACCUCCGCACUAGUGACACUCGCUACCGCGCUGCACUCCCUGCUGGCUUCUGCGCCAAGAACCCCCCCCCCAUGUACAUCACUCUUUACUACAUAGUCACUCGCCUUCCUGACUCCCUUCGCGUAGUCAGGGACCACUUUCUCUCUGUCUGUCCCACCACUCUCACUGUUGACCUCCUCGAGAAGUCCCUCCUAGCGGCCGAGAAGAGCAUAGUCGCUGUAGGGGCCUCUCGUGGUGACCCGCGCACCCCCAUCUUUGAGGGGUGUUCCCCCUCCCCCCUUCUGCCCUCUGUUGCCUCUGCUGCUGCGGCCGACCUCCUUGGUCUUGAGUCGGUCGGUGUGGCGUCUGCCCCUAGUGGGAGACGCCGCUCUGGCAAGGGCAAGGGGGGCAAGGGCGCUGGAGGAGCGAGCGGGGGCGGUGGAGGUGGAGGUGGCGGCAGUGGGGGGAGUGGGGGUGGCGGUGGGAGUGGAGGUGGGGGUGGAGGAGUCGGUGGCGGCAGUGGAGGCGGAGGUGUCGGCGGCGGUGGCAGUGGGAGCGGGGGUGGCGGAGGUGGCGGCGGCGGAGGCGGAGGUGGAGGCGGCGGCAGUAGCGGAGGCGGCGGAGGCGGAGGAGGCGGCGGGGGUGGAGGUGGUGCUGGUCGCGGGUCUUCGCAGAGGAGUGGCUCCGGUGGUGGCUCGCGCCAGCAGCAGCAGCGUGGUCGUGACACCUUGUCCCCUCAGCAGCUUCGUGAGUGGGCGGGUGUUGCCAUCUAUGAUCUUGACUUUGAUGCUAUUCUCUCUGCCAUGUAUGCUGUGUCUAUUAGUGAUGAGGGUGACUGUUACCGGUGUUUCCCGCCCGAUCCGGGUAUUGAGACUGCUGCUCUAGGUCCUGGUGAGGCUGCUGCCCUAGGUGCUUGCGACGCUGCUGCCCUAGGUGCUCGUGUGUCUGCGUCCUCAGGUACUGGUGAGUCUGCGCUCUCAGGUACUACGUCGGCUUCGGCCUCCCUCACCUUCACCCUUGACUCUGGGGCGUCUCGCUCCUUCUUUAGGGACCGCACCACACUCACACCGCUGAGUCGACCGGUUGCAGUGUCUCUGGCUGACCCCUCUGGGGGUCCUGUCCUGUCUCGCUUCUCCACAGUCCUCCCGUGUCCGGCGGCUCCCUCUGGCACCCUGUCUGGUCUCUACCUCCCCUCGUUCUCUACGAACCUGGUGAGUGGUGCUGACCUACAGGAUGCGGGUGUACACCAGUUCACUCCUGCGCGUCAGCGGGUGACGCACUGUACAGAGGCUCGCACAGGCCGACACCUGGCUACGUUUACCCGUCAGCCGGGGUCGAGCCUGUACACACUGACCACUGCGUCUCCUCCCGUUACUGAGUCUGGUAGAGUCGCUUCGUCGGGUCAGGUGUUUGCUGCUGCGUCCAGGUCUGGUCCUGAGUCUGCCCCCUGUUCUUGUCGUCUCCUGUCUCACGAGACUCUUCUCUGGCACCACCGUCUUGGUCACCCCUCUCUGCUUCGGCUCAGAGGCAUGGCCUCCCGUCUUCUAGUGUCUGGUCUCCCCCGGUCCCUCCCUCCCCUUCCUCAGGGCCCUGGCCCUACCUGUGUCCCCUGUGUCGAGGGGCGCCAGCGUGCUGCCCCUCACUCCUCCCAGUUUCCUCCGACAGAGGCCCCGUUGCAGACGCUCCACAUGGACGUGUGGGGCCCAGCCCGCGUCCGUGGGCAGGGUCACGAGCGCUACUUCCUGCUCGUUGUUGACGACUACUCGCGUUACACCGCAGUUUUCCCCUUGCGCGGCAAGGGUGAUGUCACUGAGGUGCUGAUCGACUGGAUCCGCGCAGCUCGUCUCCAGCUCAGGCAGAGCUUUGGCUCCGACUUUCCUGUUCUGCGUCUGCACUCGGACAGAGGCGGAGAGUUCUCCUCUGGCCUUCUGCGAGCCUACUGUCGUGCACGAGGCAUCCGUCAGACCUUCACGCUCCCGGACUCUCCGCAGCAAAAUGGGAUUGCUGAGCGCCGCAUUGGCAUGGUCAUGGACGUCGCUCGUACGUCUAUGAUGCAUGCGGCUGCCCCCCAUUUUCUGUGGCCGUUUGCGGUGAGGUACGCGGCACGUCAGAUCAACCUUCACCCCAGGGUCUCCAGACCGGAGACCUCCCCAGCCUUGCUGUGGACCGGGAAGGUGGGCGAUGCGUCGGCGUUCCGGGUCUGGGGAUCUCGGGCGUUUGUCCGCGACUUGUCUGCGGACAAACUGUCCCCUCGUGCUGCUCCUUGCGUCUUCCUGGGGUUCCCCCCAGACGCGCCUGGGUGGCAGUUCUACCACCCCACCUCUCGCCGUGUUCUGUCCUCUCAGGACGUCACGUUCGACGAGUCGGGUCCUGCCCCUUCAGGUGUGUCCCAGGUAGACGCAGUCGAGCCUGUCGAGGUCACUGGUGACUCUGGUGCUGCUGGGGGUGCUGAGCCUGGGGGUGCUGGGCCUGGGGGUGCUGGGCCUGGGGGUGCUGAGCCUGGGGGUGCUGAGUCUGGGGGUGCUGAGUCUGGGGGUGCUGAGCCUGGGGGUGCUGAGCCUGGGGGUGCUGAGCCUGGGGGUGCUGAGCCUGGGGGUGCUGAGUGUGGGGGUGCUACGCCUGGGGGUGCUUUGCCUGGGGGUGCUGGACCUGGGAGUGCUGCACCUGGAGGUCCUCCGCCUCGAGUUUCUACGCGUGCUUUGUCUCGCCGGGAGCCACUCUCUCCACAGGAGCUGCGCGAGUGGUUUGCCCGGCGCUGGAGCCGUGCUGCUGGUGCUGGAGGUUCGUCGGCUACUGAGGGUGCUGCUGUUGCGGGUCCCGGAGGUGCUCGUACUGGGAGUACUGGAGCUGCUGGGCCUGCGGGUUCGACUGGAGCUGGUGCUGCUGAGGGUGUUGUCGCUGAGACUACCACUGGCGGUCCUGCUGGGGGUGCUCCUGGUGUUGCUCGAGGUUCUGGAGCUACUGGAGGUGCUGCUGGAGCGGGUGCUCCUGCUGGGGGUACUGGUGCUGUCCCUGCUGUUUCUGGCGUAGCUACGCGGCCUCGACCGUACUUCGUUCCACUCCUGCAGCAGGUUCUUGGUCUUCCGCCCUCUCCUGGUCCUCCUCCUCUCUUGGAGGGUCCACAGCCUGUCCCGUCGCGGUCACUGCUACAGCCUACCUCCCCUUUGCCUGCUCCUUCUCCCUACACUGGUCCUACUGGAGGUCUUACUGAGCGUCGUGAGCCUGCGUCUCGCCCUGCGUCGCCUGUCCGUGCUGCUCGCGCUAGUGGUCGUGGUUCGCGUCAGCGUCCUCCUCCUGUCCCUGGCACGCACAGGAUGUCUCUGCGUCCGUCUACUGCUCCUCUGCGUGCCCCUUUGCCUUCUCCUCCUGAGUCCUCUCUUCCUGCUCUUCCCGACCCUGCGUCGGACUCUCUUCGUGCUGCCAGUCCUACUGUCACGCGUCUCCUUGCUACUGUCGUCACUGACCCUUCCUUCGAGUCUACUGCUGCGUCUGCCCUAGUUACUGAGCUCGUCGACUUUGCUGCUCGCUGUCGCCUAGACUACGCUGCUAGUCUUGUCGCUGAGUCUGGGUCUGCCUGUCCUCCGUCAGUCGGGGGUGAGUGUGCCCUUGGCACGGACGUCCUUGAGGACAGGCAGGAGGAGUUCCAGUGUCUGGCAGCUACUUCACCUCAUCUCGUGUCCGUACUGCUUACCCCUGAGGGAGACCCGGAUGCACUUGACAUCCCGACUCCGCGCUCUUACGCGGAGGCGAUAGAGGGUCCCUACUCCUCUCAGUGGCAGGCAGCUAUGGAUGCAGAGAUGGCUUCCUGGAAGUCCACAGGCACCUACGUUGACGCUGUCCCCCCUCUUGGGGCGAACAUCGUCAGUGGCAUGUGGAUCUUCAGGGUGAAGCGGCCGCCGGGUUCUCCGCCUGUCUUCAAGGCACGUUACGUGGCUCGUGGCUUCAGUCAGCGACAGGGAGUUGACUACUUUCAGACCUUCUCCCCCACCCCGAAGAUGACCACUCUUCGGGUGCUGCUACACGUUGCUGCUCACCGUGACUACGAGCUGCACUCUCUCGACUUCAGCACUGCUUUCUUGCAGGGCAGCCUGCACGAGGAGAUCUGGCUGCGCCGCCCACUUGGCUUCACUGGGUCUUUCCCUCCUGGUACCCAGUGGAGUCUCCGGCGUCCAGUCUACGGUCUCCGCCAGGCGCCACGUGAGUGGCACGACACACUGAGGACUACGCUUGCGGCUCUUGGGUUUGCUCCUUCUACUGCCGACCCGUCGCUGUUUCUACGCACCGACACCUCUCUGCCGCAGUUCUACAUCCUCGUGUACGUCGACGACUUGGUCUUUGCCACAGCUGACACUGCUGGACUCGCCCACGUGAAGUCCGAGCUGCAGAAGAGACACACGUGCACAGACCUGGGUGAACUGCGCAGCUACCUUGGCUUGCAGAUCACCCGGGACAGAGCACGCCGCACCAUUACCCUGACUCAGUCACACAUGGUGCAACAGGUCCUUCAGCGCUUCGGCUUCACGUACUCCUCGCCUCAGGCCACUCCUCUGCCUACUCGCCACUCACUCUCAGCUCUGCCUUCGGAUGAGUCAGUAGAGUCGAGUGGCCCGUAUCCAGAGCUUGUUGGCUGCCUCAUGUACCUGAUGACCUGCACACGACCUGACCUUGCAUACCCUCUUAGCAUUCUUGCACGCUAUGUUGCUCCUGGGAGACACCGACCAGAGCACAUGGCUGCAGCGAAGAGGGUGUUGCGAUACUUGUGCAGUACGUCGGGCAUGGGACUAGUGCUUGGAGGGCGGAGUCCAGUGGUCCUCACUGGGCACGCGGACGCUUCUUGGGCUGACGACCAGGCUACGCAGCGGUCGUCGCAGGGUUACACCUUCAGUCUUGGUUCCGGCUCUGUCUCGUGGCGAGCUACUCGCUCGUCCUCUGUUCUCGGCUCCAGUUGUGAGGCUGAGAUCUACGCCGGGGCCAUGGCUGCACAGGAGCUUCGCUGGCUCACCUACCUGCUGACUGACCUUGGAGAGCCGCCUCGUUCUCCUCCAGUGCUGUACGUAGACAACAAGGCCAUGCUGGCCUUGUGUCGAGAGCAGCGCUUGGAGCACAGAACGAAGCACAUUGCUCUCCGUUACUUUCUUGCUCGUGAGCUGCAGCAGCGUGGUCAGUUGCGACUUGCGUACGUGGCCUCUCAGGCCAACACUGCUGAUGUGUUCACCAAGGCACUUGCGCCUUGUGACCAUCAGCGCUUCUGCACUCAGCUGGGUCUUGUACCUGUCUUGCCUCACUUGCUCUCCUCUUGA